AAGUGACAAGUAGUUCAACUUGUCAACUGUGUUUAUAAACACCACCCUUCAGCCCUAAUUAACUUAAUUAUUAAAAUCGUGUAUCAAGUAAUUGCACUUAUUAAUUAACUUUGCUGUGUCAUACAUGGCAUUGUAUAAUAAUAAACUAUGGCUGCUUUCGCAUAUUCGAGACUCCUUCAUAUCAACAGACGAUACAGGCAUGAGCGAGUUGGUCAUGGUGGGUGACGAUGUACCCAAACAGUUGGCAGACAAACUGGAUUGUUAUCGUGACCCGGAAGAUAGUGAAGACGAUGAAGAUACAUCUCACGAAUCGUACGAUUUUCAUUUGGAUGUGGAUUUUGAAGUGCAAAGGCAACGUUCCAAUACUGCUGUACGAUUAGAAAAAUUGGAUAAUGCCAAGAAACGAGCUGCUAAAGUAAAGAAUAUUAAAUGGGAAUUCUCUCCAGUUCGUCCCACAGAACAAGAAUUAGGCGAACUUUUUGUUAGAAAGGAACCUAAAAAGAAUGUUUCUAAUACCAGAAAAUCCUUGCUGUCUGAAAAAUUAGAACAAUGCACCAAUUUACCUCAGAAUCCCUACAUUGAAUACGCCAAGUUUGAUGGAAGUGCCCAAGUGGGUAUUCUAACGAGAAAAUAUAAAAUCUUUCUCACUAUGCUACCCGAAGAGCAUCGCAAUUACCCAAUGACUGUUAGUUGUAUUGCUACUGCUAAAAUAGAAGAGCUGAUCGGUUUUAUAUUGCUCAAAUGCAGUACAAUUCACGGCGAUUUCCCUUUGAAACCUGUAUCUCACUAUGGGUUAUAUAUAACUGAAGAAGACGGCGAAGUAGAUCACGAUUUUCCAAAUCUUGAUCCCAAAGAAAGCGUGGCAAAAUUCGGAUUUACAUGCUUGGGGUUAGUUGAACAUAAGCAAAUUACUAAGAAUGUUAGUUUUGAAUCAUCGCAGACAAUCAUUCAACAUGAGGGAUCUGACGAGAUUAAUAAGAUAUCAAGUAAACUUCACAUGGAUGAUGCACAACAAAUCACUGCGAAUAUGCAUCUAAUGAAAGUUCAUGCGACUGCAAUGGAGGCACCUUUAUAUCAAUCGUAUCGUGUGUAUAUUGUGAACAAAAUGCGGGCAAAAGCUGAAAUACAAUUGGGUAUAAGCGGAGAAAAAAUUGAGAUUGAUCCCUUGCAACAAAAGAAUUCCAAAUUCACUUUUGUACGACAGAAACCGGUUAGCCAUCACAUUGAUUCGGUUGCAUGGUGCGAGGUUACAGAUACAAAGAGCAGCGGAACCGCUUUUCGAGUUGUUUACAGUUCUUCUUUUGGAGGAGGAGGAGGAAGUACAAAUGUCAAUGUUAAUGUUGGGAGUAUACAGUCGCCCAUUUUACAAACGUCGACGAGCUUCAAACAUUACGAUUUUGAAGCUGAUCAUAAUACUGCGGAAGAAAUAGUACAAAAAAUUAAUUUAAUCCUUGAAUUAAGAUCUAGUGGUAGUCGUAAAGAGUACUUAGCAAGUCGGGAGCGAAAACAAAGAAGAAGAAGUUUUCAUUCUAAUAAAUAGAAAUGUAACCUAUUCAAAAAUAUAUUAGUCUAAAUGUA